UUUUUUUUUUUUUUUUUUACCUAAUGUAGCAUCUAAGAGGAUUGAAGCUUAGUUUUAAAGUUGUUGCACUCGUAUCGAAUACUCCAAAAAUGUAUUACUUUGAAGGAUCUGACACAUCAGUCUAACAUUUUCUGAAAAUCCAAGCAACAUAGCCCAGCAGUAUAAUUUCUCAUUAAUUUAUAAGGUUGUGGGCUAGUGGUCAAUGAACAACAACAACAAUCCAGUGAAAUUCCACAACAUGGUGUCUGGGGAGGGUAGAGUGUACGCAGACCUUACUCCUACCGAGGUAGGACGACUGUUUUUGAGAGAUCCUCGGCUCAAUAAAAGCAUAAAAAUAGGUCAGAUAAGGUUAAGAAAUUCAAAACGAUAUGGAAAAACAAAUAACGAAAGCGUCACAGAUAAAAUAGUGGUCAAUGAAGUGAGUGAGAAUUAUGAUACCUUAUCAUUUAAGCUUUGGUGGACAAAGUUACUGGGUAUCUUGUUGCUGGUAGGAGGUAACAAGUUUCCAUAGAAGUAGUCAAGGCGCAAUCUACAUGAUUAUCAUUUUUUGAAUUUACCUAAUGUAGCCUCCAAGGGGAUUGAAGCUUAGUUUUAAAGUUGUUGCACUCAUAUCGAAUAUUCCAAAAAUGUAUUCCCAAUUUGGCCCGGACACCACGGUUUUAAUCUUUUUCCUUUUUACCUAAUGUAGCCUCUAAUUAAGGGGAUUGAAGCUUAGUUUUAAAGUUGUUGCACUCAUAUUGAGUACUCCAAAAAUGUAAUACUUUGGAGGACCCGACACACCUGUCAACAUUUUUAGAAAAUCCUUUUCCCCACUAAUUUAUAAGGUUGUGGCCUAGUGGUCAAUUAGGUGAGUUGAGAAUUACGAGACCUUAUCAUUCAAGCUUUGGUGGAUAGAGUUACUUAGUACAUGUGUUGUUGGUGGAGGUAACAAGUAUCCACAAAAUUAGUAACGAGGGGUAAUCUGGCCCGGACACCAUGAUUAUCAUUUUUUUUAAUUACCUAAUGUAGUCUCUAAGGGGAUUGAAGCUUAGUUUCAAAGUUGUUACUCCAACUGUUAGUUCUUAAUAUGCUAAAAGGUUUCAACUAUCUAUCUUUUGUGUAGGUUGUUAUUUUUGUUAUGCAAUUAGUUCUUAGCUAUAGGAUUGUUGCAACAUCAGGGGCCGGUGUCAAAUUAUUCGUCCAACUUUGGUUUAGCAAUAGUUGUUGACAUUUUAUGUUGCCCUCGUCGUGAUGGCUGCAAAGAAAAUCAUUGCAAUAUGUCAAUCUGGUGGGGAAUUUGUGACCAGUAAUGAAGACGGGUCUUUGAGUUACACAGGAGGGAAUGCAUAUGCUGUAGAUAUCGAUGAGAAUACGAAGGUGGAUGCCUUUAAGCAAGAACUAACAGACACAUUUAAGUUUAACGUUGAUGGAAUGACCAUAAAGUAUUUUCUUCCGGGGAAUAAGAAGACCCUCAUCACCGUAUCCAAAGAUAAGGACCUACAACGCAUGGUUAAAUUCUUCAAGGAUUCUGAGCAAGUAGAAGUCUUUGUAGUUGCAGAAGGAGUUGUCGCGCCUAAUGUUUCCAAUAUGCCUGCCAGUAGGUCCAGCAGGACAACUAUGUCAGAGACAGCACUUUCUCCUGCUCCCCCUGUGGAUUUGACCAGCCCUGACAAUCAGCUUUUGGUUGAUGCACCAAUGGAUACGACACCAUUAGAUAUUUUUCCGAGUAGCAAUGACGACAAGCACUGUAGGGCAGCUACACAGUGGGAAAACAUUAUUACUGGUGUGGACCAAAGAUUCAGUAGUUUUACUGAAUUUCGUGAAGCCUUACAUAAGUACUCAAUUGCCCAUGGAUUUACAUAUAAAUAUAAGAAGAAUGAUAGUCACAGAGUAACGGUUAAAUGCAAGUCUGAGGGUUGUCCUUGGCGUAUAUAUGCAUCAAGGUUAGCUACCACCCAGCUGAUAUGUAUUAAGAAAAUGAAUAAAAACCAUACAUGUGAAGGAGCUUCUGUGAAAGCCGGAUAUCGAGCAACAAGGGGAUGGGUGGGAAAUAUAAUUAAGGAAAAGUUGAAAUUUUCUCCCAAUUACAAGCCAAAGGAUAUCGCCACUGAUAUUAAACGUGAAUAUGGCAUUCAGUUGAACUAUUCUCAGGCAUGGCGUGCAAAAGAGAUUGCAAGAGAGCAACUUCAGGGUUCUUAUACAGAAGCAUACAGCCACUUACCGUCAUUCUGUGAGAAAAUCAUGGAAACUAAUCCUGGUAGUCUUGCUACAUUCGCCACAAAGGAGGACUCGAGUUUUCACCGGCUAUUUGUCUCCUUUCAUGCUUCAAUAUAUGGCUUUCAACAGGGCUGCCGCCCUCUUCUUUUCCUUGAUAGCACUGUUCUCUAUGCAAAAUAUCAAGGAACCCUAUUGGCUGCCGUGGGUGCAGAUGGGAAUGAUGGUGUCUUUGUAGUAGCCUUUGCAGUUGUAGAUGAGGAGACAGAUGACAACUGGCAUUGGUUUCUUUCUGAACUUAAAUCUGCUAUCUCAACCUCUCGACCAAUAACAUUUGUUUCUGCUUUCCAGAAUGGUAUAAAUGAGUCAUUGUGUGACAUAUUCAGCAAAGAUUGCUAUCAUGGUUAUUGUCUUCGGAACCUUGGUGAGAAAUUAUAUAAGGAUCUGCAUGGGAGGUUUUCACAUGAAGCAAGGCGUCUUUUGAUCCAAGAUUUAUAUGCUGCUGCUUAUGCUCCAAAACUGGAGGAUUUUGAGCGCUGUGUUGAGAACAUAAAGGCCAUCUCACCUGAUGCUUACAGUUGGGUCGUACUAAGUGAGCCUGAUCAUUGGGCAAAUGCCUGUUUUGGUGGGGCAAGGUAUGACCACAUGACUACUAACUUUGGACAACUUUUUCGUGAUUGGGUAUCUGAUGUGAGUGAGUUUCCAAUUACUCAGAUGGUUGAUGCCUUGCGAGGGAGGAUGAUGGAACUGAAUUAUACAAGGCGUGUUGAUUCUAGUCAGUGGCUUACAAGAUUGACACCUUCUAUGGAAGAAAAGCUUCAAAAUGAGACGUCAAAGGCAAUAUCACUUCAAGUACUACACUCACAUCGGAGCACAUUUGAGGUCUGUGGUGAAGCUGUUGAUAUAGUUGAUAUUGAUAAUUGGGACUGCAGCUGCAAAACAUGGCAGCUCAAUGGGUUGCCUUGCUGCCAUGCUAUUGCUGUUCUCAAAUGUCUGGGAAGGAACCCAUAUGAUUAUUGCUCCAGAUACUUCACAACUGAGAGCUACCGUUUGACAUACUCAGAAUCAAUCAACCCAAUACCCCUUCUGGAAAAGCCUGUGAAAGCUGAAGUAGACAUGGAAAUCAUGGUCAGUCCUCCUCCAACCAAACGUCCACCCGGCCGACCAAAGAUGAAACAACCGGAUGCAGUUGAUAUACUUAAACGUCAACUUCAGUGUAGCAAGUGCAAGGGCCUGGGCCACAAUAAGAAGACAUGCGAGAAGGUAAAUAAAAUUGAUGGAUCUGAUCCUCUACUUCUUACUGGCAUGGUGGUAGCUGAAGAACCUGAAGUCACUGCAUGAUAUUUGGUAUCUUCUUAUCCUAUGUAUAUAAGAAAGUCUUUUGUGAAGUCUAGAUACUAGUCUUAGAUGCCGUUUGGGACAGAAGCGGAUGGGGUGUAUCUUUUAGGUAAGCUUUUAUAUACUAAAUAAAAAUGCCAUUUUAAUUAGUUUUUACAUUGACAA